AUGACUCGCCCGCCACCAGGCGUGAGCUUUGCGCAAUUCUUUCCCAACGCUCCGAAAGUCAGAGCCGAGGCGCAGGGCCGGAGUGAUCGCGACAGAAUCAGGCAAAUCACCGAUAGUGCCGAAUCAUCUACCCUGAGUUCCGUUACACAUGAUAAUGCAUCGGACGCUCUCUCGCGGUCGCAAGUCAACGGGGGCAGCGUGAUGCCAACACACCAGGGCGAUGAUGACUCUCCGCUCGGUGACAUACCCAGCACUGUCGACUCUACUAGCUCACACACAAGCUCUUCCUCAUCGCUUUUCAGCAAUGCUGCGGCCCGAUUACCCACCUCGGGCACCCCUCGCGUCUCACAUGCUCCCACCGUCUCAUCACCUCUUCAUCACUCCAAUUCUACAACCUCACUCUAUAAGGGGUCUAUACCUCUCAAGGCGGAGCCGGCUACCAACGGGGCCGAGUCGAGAUCUCAUUCGGCGCCUAGCGAUCCGCUGCGAAUAGAGCGUGAGGUUGCACGAGAGCCUGGAUCUUCAGUCAAGGGGAGAAAAUGCACAUACGACCCGAUACUCGAUCGCUUACGCAACAAAGCCGUCAGCAAGUCCGCGAAGCCUGUUUACAGAGAAUUUGGACUCGAUGAUACACCCGCGCCCCAAGAUCCGCGCCUAGCAAAAGGCGGCCGGCUGGGGUAUAUUAAUACCGACUUCUACUUACCGCGAUCGCGCUUUUCUCCGGCUCCUGAAAAUCUGAAGCCCUACCCAUAUGAUCCCAAAACAUCUAUCGGCCCUGGGCCACCGACACAAAUUGUCGUCACCAGAUAUAACCCGCUGAUACCUUUUAACAAAGUAACAGCCAUCUUCGCCACGUUUGGCGAUAUCGCUGAGAGCAGCAAUAAGAUGCACCCUGAAACUGGUAGCUACCUGGGCUUUGCUACCAUUCGCUACCGUGACACCAAGCGUACCGACCGACCUUCAAUAUCUGCCAUUGACGCGGCGCGGCGAGCUGUUCAGGCGCGCGGUCUCAAAGUGGACUCGGAAAUGGUCAAAGUUGAGUAUGACCCCGAAGGUAGAAGAAGUCGGAGGAUGCUGGAGAGCCAUCUACGCCGUGAGCGAGAGAAAAUAGAGAGGGAGAAGAUAGCGCAGGCUGCACUUUCUGCAAAGACGUCGGCCGAAAUCAAACCAUCCCCGGUCUCAUUUGCGAGGCCACCGCCAACAGGCCCGAAGGGGCCGGCUAUUUCGCGACCACUACAGUCACCGGUAGCACAAUCAACUCCGCCUCCUCCACCUGCAAGUCGCGCGGCGAACUUCGAGUCGAGAGAUAUAUCUGCCCAACUUGCGAACGAACCCUACAUCUUCAUCGAUUCUCAAAGUGUUCCCCUACUCACGAGCAUCCUGCCGCACAUGAAGAAGCGAUUGAAGAACUAUGCAUUUGACGACAUUCGCAUCGACAAAACUGGCUAUUAUGUCAUUUUCAAAAACUCUUUCACCGGAAAGAUGGAGGCUGAGCGUUGCUUUCGAGCUGUCAACCAUACAGAGUUCUUCACAUACAACAUGUCCAUGCAGCUUUGCUUGCCUAGAACGCGAGCUACAACGCCUGUGGAUCGUAAAAGAAGUCCCAGCCCUGAGCGCAAUAGCCGCCGGGCGGAACAGCUCAGGGCCGAAGAGGAUGCAAACCGACGCCGACGAGAGGAUGAAGCCGACAUUGAAGAAGAGAGGAAACAACGAGCUAAAAACUUUGAUCCCGUCAUGGAGGCCGUCCAGGUUGUGCAACGAGAGAUGAUGGAACAUUUGAUCCGUCACAUCCGAACGCAAGUCGCUGCUCCUUCGCUUUCCGACUUUCUCGAUCCGGCCAAUCACUCUGCUAAGCGCCGUCAGCUCAAUAUCGAUGUGGCUGAGGAAGAAGACGAGGCUGCCUUGACAGAUGCGUUCGACACUUCGAGAAUGGGAACUCCGAACUCGCGUGCAGAUCCUAUCGAGCGCAGAACUGGGAGGUUUGAAGUCGGCGCAUUGCCCAAGAUUCGCAAAUCCAAAGCCAAGGGAGCAGCAUAUCGCAGCACAUUUGUUGAUCCGUUUUCGCGGAAACGAGCCUCUGUCUCUCGACCAGCCUUUAGAUCCCUACAUCACCGGCUCAAGAGCUUUGACAGUGAUUUCGAGUCAGAUGAUGACACUGAUGCAAAGACUCUCGCGGCAGCCGAGGCUGAGGGUAGCGCAUCUCGCCCACAGAGCCGCAUGAGCACGGAUGAAGACAAUUGGGCUCCAAAUGAGGACGAUUCCAUGACAGAAGCCAGUCUGGCAGUAGUGGACAAGUCUUUGUCCAAGAAGCGGAAGCUUGUCUCGGCUGCUGACAUUGCUUCGAAACGCCAGAAGAAGCUGGACGAAGAUGCUUUCGGGGUUAGAUUCGACGAUGCCAAGACGGACCUAUCUGAAGACGUCAGCGUGGAAGCUGAUGUGGCGGAUGAUAAUGACAGCAGUCUUUCGAGGUCGCAAACGCCGCUCUCAAUUGUACCCAAGGGAGCCAAGAAAAAGUCUACCAAGCCCACGUCAUCCAUUGCCAAACAGGCUUUCGAAGAGCAAGAGAAUUGGUCCCAGAAAGCAGAUGACGACGAAACACCUGAGCCGCAGAGCACACCCAAAAAGCCCAUCCCAACAGCGCGGGAACCACAGAAAUAUGACGAACGUUUGUUUUCUACAGAGCCAGUGUCUAAAGCACUGCUCCUACCGGACAGUUUCAAGCCUGAUAUUUCAGCCCUUGAGCUUCUGCGUCUCGGCGCCAAGGACGUCCCGGACAUGGCGAAGCUAGGGAAAAAGUUUCAGACGGCCGACGUCGGCAACGCCGACCUCUGGCUUUGGCAGAAACAGCGAAUCCGACAACUCAAUACGAGCCACUCAUCCACACACAAGCCAAUAUCUAUCGGCGGGUAUUAUGUUCCGAAUCCUACGGGCUGUGCACGAACAGAAGGCGUCAAAAAGAUCCUCAACUCGGAAAAGUCCAAGUACCUGCCACAUCACAUCAAGGUGCAAAAGGUACGGGAAGAGCGAGAGGCGCGCGUCAAGAAUGGCAAAGAUUCUGUCGCUACUUCAGUGGACGCUUCCAAGAUUGCAGCAGACAAGUUGGUCGCCAAGGGCAACUCGAGAGCCAACAGAGCUACUAAUCGCCGAUAUGUCGCGGAUUUGAACGAUCAAAAGAAGACUCUGGGCCAAGAUUCUGACGUGUUCAAAUUCAACCAGCUUAAGAAGCGGAAGAAGCCUGUCAAGUUUGCCAGAUCUGCUAUCCACAACUGGGGCUUGUACACAAUGGAAGACAUUCACAAGGAUGACAUGAUUAUUGAGUACGUUGGCGAAGAAGUCCGUCAACAAAUUUCCGAGAUUCGGGAAAAUCGUUAUCUCAAGAGCGGCAUUGGCAGCAGUUACCUGUUCCGUAUCGACGAAAACACGGUUAUUGACGCCACCAAAAAGGGUGGCAUUGCACGCUUCAUAAACCACAGCUGCUUGCCAAACUGCACGGCCAAGAUUAUCAAGGUCGAGGGCAGCAAACGUAUUGUCAUUUAUGCGCUUCGUGAGAUUGCCAUGAACGAAGAACUGACAUACGACUACAAAUUCGAACGCGAGAUUGGCAGUUUGGAUCGGAUCCCAUGUCUGUGCGGCACCGCAGCAUGUAAGGGAUUCCUUAAUUAG